CAACUCGGGACGUCAGUCAGUUUUCGCCGGGUUGCUUUGCUGUUUAUUUCGUUCGGCUUGUCUUUUAUUGAGUUUAUGUAUUUAUUGACCGGUUUAGGCUGUGAAUUCCACCAAAAUGAAUCAAUUUCUAAAACAAUGCAGAACAAUACUUGGGAAUAAACUGCCAAAAUUAAUCGUCCUCGGCAACGAAAGUUGUGAUUUGGACUCCGCCGUGUGCUGCCUUUGUUUGGCCUUCAAUCUAGCGAAAAACCCUGGAAUUAUAAAGUCCCUCACGACAUGUAACAACCCAGUGCUGCCAGUCCUCAACGUGACCCGCGAAGAGCUACCGCUGAAGACGGAAGUCGUUCACUUUCUGCGCUCCAAUCAAGUUGAUUUGGCCGAUUUGGUGUGCCGGGAUGAGGUUGAGCUUCCCGAGGGACAAAGUGAGACCAAGUUCGUUCUGGUUGACCAUCACGUGUCCAGGUUUCGACGGAACGUCGUAGCCGUUGUGGACCAUCGACCCUUUGAUGGGAACUCUGGCCUCGAGGGUGGGACUUACAAGUUUAUUGAGCAAGUCGGUUCUUGUGCCACUCUGGUGACCAAAUUGAUGGAACAGGUUGAUCUUUGCAAGGAAGUUACUGGAGAGAACGCUGAAGUUCUGAGACUUCUGUACGGGGCCAUCGUGCUGGACACGGUGAACUUUUCCGCAGAAGCUGACCGAGCACGACCGCUGGACCAUGAAAUGGCAGCACUGAUUGAGCGUAGUCUGGGGGUGGCGAAGUAUCCAGAGUAUCGAAAGCAACUGUUUGAUGAACUGGUUGCGAAAAGGAGUGAUGUUUCCAGCCUCGAUUCGCUGCAGAUAUUGUCGAAAGAUUUGAAGAUAGUUUCGAAGAAUGGAAUUACGGUGGCCAUUCCUGGUUAUCCGAUCUUGGUUCAGGAGUAUAUCAAACUUGAUGGAGUUGGGGAGAAUUUGCGAAAGUUUGCAGAUAAAACCAACUCAAAUGUGAUCGUACUGAUGGGCAUGAAAGUGACGGAAGGCAGCGUGCAGAGGGAUUUGGGAAUUAUAAAUAUUAACAACGAAAAGUUACAUCAAGAGAUUUUGAACAAAUUAACCUCGAGCGUUUCACCGGAUUUUGCGUUCAAGAAACACGAUCACGUUACAAUGGAGGGAUCAUUUUUCCAACAGUGCAACGUGAGAGUUACUCGAAAGCAUCUUUUGCCUUUAGUGACGAACGUUGUGGAAGGACUUGGCAGCAGUGUUUAAAAUUAAGGUGCUAGAAAAGUAUCUGUUAUAUGGAACCAAGCAUUGAAUAAAUUAAUUCGUUCUGUUGAA